UCUCACGAUUAUGCGGGGGGAAUGCCAAGGCUGAGGUCGGAUAUUGGACUUGCCUGGAGAGGUCGCCAGUAACAUUUCAGCCUGACGUCCUGCCAAAAGCGGACACCAAACCGACGUUGUUCCCCGCUGCAUUCAGGAACCAAGAUAGCAGCCGACUGCCGGAUUCUGAGCGCGGCUGUCCCCCUGCAGCCGCAAGCAUGAGCAAUCCAGACGUCUCGAGCAAGCAAUUGGCUGAAUAUUGAGCCCGCUAGGCUUGAUCCAGCAGGUCUGUCUUGUCUGUAUCUGCCUUGUCCGUCUCCUUUCUUGCUGUAGGCCGCUACCGCAUUGCUUUUGCCAGAACACUCACAUCAAUCAUAUCACACGGUCCUCUCCUUCGACCCCUGUCUCACUCACGAAUGAUAGCGACCGGCCCUCUAUUCUCUCCAUACUCAUCCCUUCUGAUGUAGACUACUGGUGCAUUCCCCCGGCAUUCGUUUUCCACAGGCCCACCAGAAUUUACCGCUCUCACCUACCAUUUCGAUUCACUGCCCGUCAAUGAGAAUAUGAAACCCACCGCUUACACCCAUUCCAUCUCAGCUCAGCUCGGGAGUCCCACCAUCAUUCCGACUAGCCGACCUGCUUCAUUCGACUUGACACCCAUCCGCGAUGCCACGCUGCGAUUUCAAUUCGGCAGGUGUCUUGGCCUCUUGGACAUUGGUCCCACACCGUGAUCAAGCCUUGUGUGGUGGAUUACGGGAAUAUCUCCUUUAACCUCCUUGCCUCGGUAUAGCCGCCGACUGUCAAUGUUCAACAUAAAAAGCAGCCAUGGACGCUCUUUUCAGUCUCGUCUUUCUCGGAAGUCAGGAGCUACCGGCCAGAACAUCCUACCGCUACACUACCAGCCUCAUCAUCUCCGGCAUUACCAUCUCUCGCUGUUCCGCAUAUUAAUUUAUAGCGGUACUUUUAUCAGCAGCUGUAGCAGCUCUCCCAGUCGACCGUCAUCAUGCAGAUCAACUUUGUCAAGUCCUUCCUUUUCGCCCUGGCGGCUUCGUCCGUCAGCGCCCUCGCUGUCGACACCGAGUUCCGCUGUGGUGCUCCCGAGCCCAGUGCCGAGUUGAUGGAGGCCUCUGCCAUCAUGGCCAUCGCUGAGGCCGAGGCUGCCGCCAACGGCACCCUUGCCACCCGCCAGAGCGCCCUCACCAUCGACACCUACGUCCACGUCGUUGCCACCUCCACCUCUGCUUCUGCCGGCUACCUUUCUGACGCCACCAUCCAGUCGCAGCUGCGUGUGAUGAACGAGGACUACGCUCCCUCGGGCAUCCAGUUCGUCCUCAAGGGCACUGACCGCACCGUCAACUCCCAGUGGGCCAGUGACAGCGGCGAGACCGCCAUGAAGACUGCUCUCCGCAAGGGAACCUACAAGGACCUGAACCUGUACUUCCUGUCCAGCAUUCCCGGUGGCAUCCUGGGCUACUGCUACUUCCCCACCUCGGCCACCACCUCCAACAUCCGCCUCGACGGUUGCACCAUCGCCUCUGGCACCGUCCCCGGUGGCAACAUCAGCAGGUUCAACCUGGGCAAGACCGCCGUGCACGAGAUCGGUCACUGGUUCGGUCUCUACCACACCUUCCAGGGUGGCUGCAACGGCUCGGGUGACCUGGUCGACGACACUCCUGCCCAGGCUAGCGCCAGCAGCGGCUGCCCCGUCGGCCGUGACAGCUGCCCCAACCAGCCCGGUCUUGACCCCAUCCACAACUACAUGGACUACUCUGACGACUCUUGCUACGAGGAGUUCACCCCUGGCCAGAACGCCAGGAUGUCGAGCAUGUUUUCUCAGUACCGUGCUGGCAAAUAAGCGGCUUCGACAAAGGGUGGCGGCUGAUGGUUGAUGGUUGAUGAUGAUGAUGAUUAGAGCGACGGUGGCGGUUAAUAGAUAACGGUACUGUGAUGGUUAACCUACAAGCUGGUGGGUGUAUAUAGCGGUUGGAUCUUGGAUUGUUUUGAUGACUAUGCUGCGGAUAGUCUCCUAUGUCUAUAAUCUGCGCAAUAUUCUUGUAUAUAUUAGAAGCGUUAGACUAAGGCUACUUAUAUAUGUCAAACUCUC